AUGGAUUUUCCGGCGGAGAAUCCUGUCUCAGAUCAUGCAACUCAACCUCCAUUCGGGAGUACCUAUAACUCCAGAGCUACAGAUGACAGUGAGUUGAGCCUGGAUGACUCUGGUCCUGAAACACCGAUACAUGAUCUCGAUUCACUGGGUGAUGAUGGGGUUCGGAUCAUCAAGCCAUAUGCCGUCGAGGAGCCCGACGACGAGCCUGAUAUACCACAUCGGGACCUACCCCGCCUUCCCGAUCGAUUUGAACGGUGGCAGCGAGACUUGUCAGAAUACAUGGAUGAUUUGAAUUACGAAGCCGAUGGACCGCAUCUCGCCUCAAGUUCCCCUCGAAAGCAAGGCCAAAAGAGGAAAUUGGCACACACAGGCAAACAAGAUGGCGAUGGGGAUAGACGAAGGUCGGUAGACACUCAGCCAGUGCAUGAACGGCGCUCCAAAAAGCAACGGAGCGAUUCACUCGAGAAGUCCCCUGUCACGGAUUCGUUCAAUGCUUUCCGCGAGCCGAAUGGGGACGAGAGCUCAUGGUCCGACACACGAUCGACCGAGUGUAGUGGUCUAGACACUACAGGGAACUCACCUGAAAGCGACGAGAUGGACAUCGACUGA